CUGACACGUGAGCAAUUUCGGAGAACGCCUCCUUCGAUGCACCUGCCAUGGUGAGCUGUUGGAUAGGAAGCUUCAGCUUCGAUUUGUGCUGCGCUGGACCUUGGGGCAUUGGCCUCCCGUCCUGCUGGGAUGAGCACUUCACUUGGGAAGCCUGCUGUUGGGAGCGGCGCCGGAAGCAGUGCAGCGCUGUGCGGUGUUCACAGUUUCUUCCUCCAGUGGUGUUGGCCUCCACCCUAAGAGCCCGCUUUGCCUCAUGUUGGUUUCAUCUCUGACUUUUGUGAGAUCUUUGGGUGCUGUUGACAAGAAUGGCAGAUGGUACAUCUUUGUGCCAGGUUGGGCGGGCAGUGAGCUCUUGGUGUCUCCAAAUGUUCGAGCCGUGAUUGACCAAAUGCUCCAAAUCCACCUUUCGCCAUUGAAAAGCAAAUGCCGCUUAUAUAAAUCCACGUGCCGGCGUUUGCUAACGUUCUGUGAUGGAAGGCAAACUUCAUCUAAGCUUCUCCACUUUGGUCCUUGGGGAGGUCUCUUCGCUCGGGGGCUCAAGGCGCAAAAGUUUAAAAGGCCCAAUAUGCUUUAGCAAUGGAGACAGCAGAUCAAGGGGCUGGGAGGGUGGCUGAAGUGUGUUUGGACGUUGCCAGGAGCACCUAGUAGCGUCCAUGCUCCUAGUAGUCCUAGUAGCGAUGCCAGGAGCCCCUAGUAGCGUCCUGUUGCCAACGUGUGCCGUGUGCCUUUCCACGUUGAACUUCGCAGUGGCUUUAAAGAAAGCAUGUCUUCUUGCACUGCUUCUUCGCCCUCAAGUGCUCAGACGUCGGCUCAUGUGCAUGUCAACCGGAAGGUGUUUUGGCGUUUGACCCUCUUGAAUCGGGAACUUGAGAACUUUGCAGCAAAGCUUUGCCGUGUGUGAGGCAGCAGCCUUGCCAGUAUAAUGAAAUCAGCACAGACUUGCCUGAUGCAGCUCACGCAAUCCCGCUUCGCUUAUUUCUCCUGCCUUGGCGGCAAAGAUGUCUGACCCUGCUUGAUGUUGCUAUUCGGUGAAUGCUCGACGUGACAAACGCGCCGAGUAUCUCAAGCUGAUGGUAAUAGAGUUGGCCUGUGGCAGGCUUCGGUCCGGCGAAGUGUUUUUGUCGCGUUGGUGGAGCGUCUACUACGUUUACUGCAAAGGAGUAGCAGUAAAAGCUGUUAGUAACAAGGAAGCUAUUAGGUGGAGGCCAUCGCAAGUAGGUUGGAGGCCAUCGCUACUAGGAACAAGAAGCUACUAGUAGCGCAAAGGGCAUUGCUAGUAUUCAGGUGGCCAAAGAAGGUUGCCGAUGGCUUGGCUCUGUCGGCAGCUGUGCUUGGAUGGCCAACUAGAUGAAGCCAGCUUGGACACCUUGAAGCCUGGCCAACCUAAGAGCGAUGGCCUCCAACCUAGUAGCAAUGGCCGACACCCCACUUGCAAACACAGGACAAGAGAGCUCAAACCUGCCCAGCAGUAAAUCCCAAAAACAAGUCCAAACCCAUUCUAUCUCAGGCGAGGCUGAACUGCGGCAGCUGGGGUCCACUCCAGGCGCCAUGGUGCUCAAAGGUGCGCCGUCAUGGCAGCAGACCAUGUCAGAGUGCUUAGCCACUUAUGAUAAGCCUGAGAAUUUUCGGUUCUACAGCCGACACAGCUCACUCCUGGGGCAUGAUAUUGCUCACGUUGGCAAUCCUCAGGUUUGCACCGAUGGUGGCCACAGCUUUUUUUGGGGCCUUCUUGCGAUUCGCAUUGCAGGAAGUUUGAAGGAUGUGGCGCUGGAAUUUGGCCUUUGUGUUCCGUCUUCUUGCUCCUAUCCCGUGGUGGACACCGUCUUCGUGCCCUACCUGUUGGGACGAUACAUGGGCAAGAACUGGGGGCCCAGACAGGUGGAGAUUCAAACGCGCUGGCAUCAAGAAACCAACGAGGUGGACAAAGAGGACACUGCCUCUCACUUCAUGUUCAAGGUCGUCGCUUUACAUCCCGGAGGCGCUCCUGCAUGGUAUCAAAAUGAAUGGCCCUACAGGCAAAAACUGUGGCAAUAUCAGCCAAGCUGGUGGCCGAGCCCAGAGAACGCCAGAAUCUUGGGUUUCUUGAUGGUCCCUCCUUUGCUAGCGGGCGCCCUGUUGAGAAUGCUUGACCUAUGUGGGUUGAAGCACACUGCGCUCAGAGACGCCUUGCGCUUCUUCGCUCCACAGCGACACCUGGCGGAUCUUUGCUCCAGGAGUGCUGCAGAGGUGUCAGACCUGCACCUGCUGCGACUUGUUCUUCAGUUCUUGGUAUGUUGGCAGCACGUCAUUUUGUUGGUCGAUUGGCUGGGCAAUAGCGGCCACAGCGGAAUUGAAAGCUUUCAACCUCUCACCAGCCAAGCGGCCAAGGUGUUGGGUCGAGUGAACCACACCUUCAGUUGUUUGACGGCUUAUUUGAGCUUCCGCUCUAUGCAACGUGCCCUCCAUGGUCACCAAGGUGUUUGGGUGGGGAGCAGGGUGGCGAUCAUGUGGCUCUUGCGGCGGUGGCUUCGGCAAGCAUGUGAGCUUGGCUUUUGGAUGUUUUUCUUUCUGCGGCUCUCCCGGGAUAUCCCUUGGAAGCCUUUCCCGGAGUUUGCCCGCAUCUGGUAUCAGGACCGCCUCGAGAUGUGUGUGGCUGCGCCGCUGCGGCGUGGCUGCCAAUUUCCUCCCGAUUUGGCGCCGCCAAUGUGGAUACUGAGCCUCCUUUUUGUGUAUGCGCCGGUGAACGCGGCUCUGAAGCUUUAUGCGCCUGCUGUGACGGUGUGUCAUAAUAUGCAGAUAUUUGAGAACCUCUUUGCCGUCAGCGUGUUGGCUGCAGGAGUAGGGCUGGUGCAGCAUUGCUUUGGCCGCUUUGGCCCCUUGGUGGGCCACAUGGGCUCAACAGCUGCUGCCAUCACCUUGACUGCGCUGGGCCUUUGGUGGCAACCAGAGAUCCUCCAUGAGGGCUUUCGAGCGGGUCAUCGCUUCGUGGGCAUGACGACAGCCCACCUUUUACCCGGAGCACUUCUGUGCGCCCUGGUGCCGAACUGCUUCAGAGCUGGACGAAGUGUUGCCGCAACACUUGUAGCGUUGUCGCUCUUUGUCGAUUGGCUUGUGCUGCCGCCAACAGAGGUGGUGGACGAACAAAAGCCCGUGACAGUGGCUGAAAUGGUCUUCUCUCCGUACAAAGCUGGGAGCUUUAUUCUGAGCAAUUGCCUUCAUGCAGUUGGAAUAGCGCUGCUUCUGAACAGCAUGGAGAAAGAGCGAGAAGCGGCAGAGUCUACCAGCUGGUGGGUCCUGUUGGCGUCCAGGCUUUCUUUGGGCAUCAAUUUAUCGAAUAUUUUUGUGAUUCAUUACAUUCGUGGGCGGCUCUUGUUGAUGCCCAUCGAGUUCCAUCACAUUCAUGUGAUGGGCUACACUUUAUGGAUUUGGCUGUCCGCCGUAUUGGUGUCAAUUGUGGUCUACUGCAUGGUUACCCCGUAUUCCUGCUUGGGUGAUGCUGCGUUGAAGCGCCUGGCUGUGACCAGGAAGGAGCAUCUUAAAAAAAGUUGCGAGCAAAGCCGAAAACCGUAAGUUGAGACACGAAGAUCUCCCAGUGGAAGUUGA